CACGUCAGGCGUGCCGAGCGCUGUCGUGAGGUGGUGGCUGAGACGGUACCCGGGUUUGUUUGUUUGGUUUGUUUUUGUUUGUUUGUUCGUUUAUCGUUCUGGUGCACACCUCUCGUGAAUAGUCUGUCAAAACCUACCUGCAUGCCGUGUUACAUUUUUCCGUUUUAUUCCGGUCUGUCAUCGGUACUCGCAUGUAAGUCGUUUCAUCAGGGUGAUGUCGCUGUUUGUGCUUGGUUUGUUUAGGUUUAAGCUUUUUCUGCGUUUUUUGUUUGUUUGCUUUCUGCUGUGCAGGACUGUUUGAAUUAUUUGUAUAAGGACAGGAUAUUUUUGCACUAGCCGACACCGCGCUGUCCUCGAACGCCUCGUGCACUACGUGUAGGCUACCGGCCGACUCGGUCUGUGAAAUUAAUGUUUUAAUCGCUCUGCGUGUCUUUGAAACGAAGACACUGUAGAUGCAUUGUGCUUUGGGCGUGUAGUUAAUGAUGCUCUUACUCACGUUACUCGCUGCGAGAACAGCAUCACGACAUCGUGACUCGAGGCAGGUGGCUUGUGGAGUGAGGAAGUCAACACUGCAGACAGCAAGCAGGAAGAAGGAGGGGAGGAAUGGACAGAUCCUAAGCAGGGAGUGCUGGGGGGUUUCAGAUGCUGCUUUCUCACUCUCGCACUCUCACACGCUCACGCUCAGCUCGCAUCCAUCUGGCCGCAUGACUCCAGCCAAGACGGUUUCAUAAGCCUCAGUCCUCCCCCAGUGUUUCUCGCACUCCACUGUUUCCGAAGUUAACGACAUAUUUACCUUUAGCUGAAAUAAAAGUGUCGUCUCGCCGCUGGGCUACCUCAGCCAAGAGCGUUGGAGGCUAUGAUCGCACCACCCAUUCGCUUUUUGAGCACUUUCUGAGGAACUCGUGACAGUGUAUGCUCCAGCAGUCCAGCAGUCUCCAGAAGUAAUGAAGCCAACCAAUGAAAAAGGCUCGCAGCAAAAAUGAUGCACUUUACGCAGUCCGUCCUAGUAAAUAUCUGUUGAGCUGUACAUUUUUAAAAAAGAAAAGUUGAGGCUUGUCAAAGGCAACCAGUAAGUCUGCACUAUGAGUGAUGACAACUCAGACUCCGCCCCCAGCAAUGCCACUCGGCGGGGAGUAGGAGGGGCUGAAGACGAGGCGGGGCCACAGACCAACUCACCCAGCACCAGUGGCAGCUCCACCUCAUCCAAUCCAGCCAACGGCAGGACGGGAUCGUCCCUGGGGGUGGAGUCAGGGCCAACGGGCUCCUCGUGCAGUAACCGCGGCCCUAAUUCAGACGACAUGGACGCACUGUCGAGCGGCAAUGACUCUGGGGAGAGGGAGAGCGAGGGAGGGAUGGAGCGUGAGACCAGCUCCCGGGGACGGCAGUCCAUGCGGAGCUACCAGAGCUCCUCCAGCCAGAACGGCAAAGACUCUGGCAUGAUGCUGGAGACCACAGAGAGCAACAAAAGCUCAAAUUCCCAGAGUCCCUCCCCCCCCAGUAGCUCGUUGGCCUACAGUCUGUUGAGCACCGGCUCCGAGCAGGACCCGCCGUCCACCAGCGGCUGCAGCAGUGACCAGUCGGCCCGCGUGCGCACGCACAAAGAGCUGAUGCGCGCGCUCAAAGAACUGAAGAUCCGUCUGCCCGCCGACAGGAAGAGCAAGGGGCGGUCCAGCACCCUCAGCGCUCUCAGAUACGCCCUCAGCUGCGUCAAACAAGUCCGUGCCAAUCAGGAGUAUUAUCACCAGUGGAAUGUUGAAGAGUGUCAGGGGUGCAGCCUGGACCUUUCGACCUUUACCAUCGAAGAGCUCGAUAACAUCACCUCGGAAUACACGCUGAAAAAUACAGACACGUUCACCAUGGCUGUGUCAUUCUGGUCAGGGAAGGUGGUGUACAUCUCUCCCCAGGGCUCAUCUUUGUUGCGCAGUAAACCAGAGAAGCUGCAGGGGGCGCUGUUUUCAGAGCUACUCGCCCCUCAGGACGUCAGCACUUUCUACAGCAGUACCGCGCCCUGCCGGCUCCCGUCAUGGGCUUCCUGCAUCGGCUCUGCAUCACCUCCAGUGGACUGUACCCAGGAGAAGUCCAUGUUCUGCAGAAUCAGUGGUGAUGGCGCCUCUAGUGGCGAUAUGCGGUAUUACCCAUUCCGGCUGACGCCGUACUCGCUUACUCUGCGAGACUCAGACACAGCAGAUCCCCAGCCCUGCUGCCUUCUCAUCGCUGAGAGAGUGCACUCUGGAUACGAGGCUCCCCGUAUCCCGCCAGAUAAGCGGAUAUUCACCACCAGCCACAGUCCCAGCUGUCUCUUUCAGGAGGUGGAUGAAAGGGCCGUGCCACUGCUGGGCUACCUGCCCCAGGACCUGGUGGGCACGCCAGCACUGCUCUACCUCCACCCAGAGGACAGGCCCAUAAUGCUGGCCAUCCACAAGAAGAUUCUGCAGUUUGCGGGGCAGCCGUUUGACCACUCGCCGUUGCGGAUGUGUGCCCGUAACGGAGAGUAUCUGACCAUAGACACCUCCUGGUCCUCCUUUGUCAACCCCUGGAGCAGAAAGGUGGCGUUCAUCGUGGGCCGUCACAAAGUUCGCACCUCUCCACUGAACGAGGACGUGUUCACGCUGCCGCGGGCGCUGGAGGACCGGGCAUUGGCCCCAGACAUCGCCCAGCUGAGCGAACAGAUCCACCGUCUGCUGGUGCAGCCCGUGCACAGCAGCAGCUCCCAGGGCUACGGCAGCCUGGCCAGCAAUGGCUCGCACGAGCUGCAGCCCAGUGCUGCCUCGUCGUCCGAGAGCAACGGCCCCGCGGUGGAGGAUCCCACGCUGCUCCACAGACCGAUGACCUUCCAGCAGAUCUGUAAGGACGUUCACAUGGUGAAGACCAGCGGCCAGCAAGUAUUUAUUGACUCCCGCAACCGCCCUCCUCCCAGAAAGCACGCUACUGCAGGCUCUUCGAGAGGGGAUGCUGGCCCAGAUGUGGUUCCACCCUCAAAGGAUGCAGUGCUCUCCCAGGUCGUGAGAAAGGACCCGCCCACCACAUACUCUUACCAGCAAAUCAACUGCCUGGAUAGCAUCAUAAGGUAUCUGGAGAGCUGUAACGUUCCAAACACGGUGAAGAGGAAGUGUGGCUCCUCCUCCUGCACCGCCUCCUCCACGUCUGACGACGACAAGCAGCAGGUCGCCCCCGGCAACAUCAAAGCCCUGGUGGGUGAAAGCACACCCCUGCCAGCCCUGACGUUACACAGUAAAGCUGAGAGCGUAGCGUCCAUCACCUCCCAGUGCAGUUUCAGCAGCACCAUUGUGCAUGUGGGAGACAAGAAACCCCCUGAGUCAGACAUCGUAAUGGAGGAAGCCGCUAUGACUCCUGUUCCUGCCCCGCCCGUCCUUCAACUCCCUGCUCCUCCCACUAUUGCCACCGCCCCGUCUCUGCCUCCUCCGCCCACUCCACCCAGUCCUGCACUCACUGCAGAAAGGGAUGGCAGGAGGGCAGCAGGUGGAGCAGCAGCAGCAGCAGCAGGAGGAGGAGGAGGAGCAGGAGGAGGAGGAGGAAGGCUGGGCCUGACCAAGGAGGUGCUCUCUGCACACACUCAGCAAGAGGAGCAGAACUUCAUGUGUCGGUUUAGAGAUCUGAGUCAGCUUCGUGUGUUUGACCCUGCUUCAGCACUCCGGCACCACACCACUACGCCUCUCACUAGAGGUGUGCGUUGUUCACGGGAUUACCCUGCGGUAGACGGCAGUGGUCGUCGGCGUGGUAGAGGUGGCAAGAGACUGAAACACCAGGAGACUUCCGAACAGGGGAGCACGAUAAGCCCUACAGACGCAGCCGGGGGCCUCUCGUCCAGGGCUCCCAUACAAGAUGGAGCCCCCAACUCCUCUUUCCCACUGGGUCCUCCAACCACCUCCUCUUCCUGGCCUCCUUCAGUGGGCUCACAGAGCAGCCUCCCCUCUGUACCCUACCCCCCAGGCAUGCUGCCACUUUACCCCCUCUACCCGCCGCUCACCCACCCCAUGACGGACCCCUCCAUGCAGCCUGGCAUUCGCUUCCCCCUUCAGAAUCCACAGAUGGCGCCCCCCAUGGUCACCCCCAUGAUGGCGUUGGUACUUCCCAACUACAUGUUCCCACAAAUGGGCACUUCCAUGGCACAGCCCAGCCCGGCAGCCAUCCACCAGCCCUUCUACAACCCAAACCUGGCUUUCCCGUGCCAUGCACUCGGCACCACCCCUCCAGCUCCGCCUCAGACGGCAGCAUUGACCCAGCAGGCACCAUCCCCCUGUAGCACCCCCCAGUCCUGCAGCCAGCGUGAGGGAGGGGCCGAGGGAGCAGAGUCGCCCCUUUUCCAGUCAAGAUGUUCCUCCCCUCUAAACCUACUUCAGCUGGAGGAGGCACCUACCAAUCGGCUGGAGGCGGUGACGGCACUGGCCCCUGGGCAACAGGCCACUCCUCCUGCGGGUGGACAAGGGGGCGGGGCUGGAGGACAGGCGCCAGCCAAUCAGAGAAGCGCCGGAGAGGAUCCCAAAGAGAAUGAAAAUCUGUAUGGGAACUGCUCCUCUUCUCAGGGAGAAGCCAACGAGUCGAACCAGGACGCCAUGUCCACCUCAAGCGACCUGCUGGACCUGCUGCUGCAGGAGGAUUCAUUCUCGGGCACCGGCUCCGCCGCCUCGGGCUCCGGGUCCUCAGGCACGGGGUCCUCGGGCUCUGGGUCAGGCUCCAAUGGCUGCAGCUUGUCUGGGAGUGGAACUAGAAGCAGUCAAAGCAGUCACACUAGCAAGUACUUCGGGAGCAUAGACUCAUCGGAGAACGACCACUCUCGUAAGCAGACAGCAGGGGGCAGCGGAGAGGCACAGUUCAUCAAAUGCGUCCUGCAGGAUCCCAUCUGGCUGCUCAUGGCCAACACAGAUGAGAAGAUCAUGAUGACCUAUCAGCUGCCCAUCAGGGACAGAGAGAGUGUGCUGAGUGAAGACCGUGUGGCUUUGCGAGCCAUGCAGAAGCAGCAGCCCCGUUUCAGUGAGGAACAGAAGCGUGAGCUGAGCCUGGUCCACCCCUGGAUCCGCACGGGUCGCCUGCCGCGCCCCAUCAACGUAUCCGUGUGCGUGGGCUGCAGGUCCCCCCCAUCAGGGCCACCCGCGGCACCGUUCGACGUGGAGAUCCAUGAGAUGGAGCUGUGCAGCAUGCUGGAGGGGACGGAAGAGGGCUCCACUGCUGACAAGCAAGCCCAGCCAGACGCUGGCAUGGAGGUGGGAGAGGCAGAAGCGCACAGGGAAGUGCCGCAUCGGAGAGGUGAAGGAGGGGAAAGGAAAAAGAGACUCACCAUGGCAACGCAGGGCAAUGACCAGGAAAUGGCGGCUGAGGAACAGGAAGUUACCUUACGAAUGGAGGAGGAAGCGAAAGGGGGAAACGUCACGGACAUGACCCACUGACGGGGACGUUAUUAGCUAUCGUCAGCUGGGAACGAUGGUUUUAAAAUCAAUGUUGAUUAUCAGCAUAUGUGACCAUUUAAAAUGCACAACUCCCCUUAAAUCCUGAUGCUAGGCAGACUUUUCCUUUGGUCAUGGUUAGCAGUCUAAUUGUACAUUUGUGCAUUUAAACAAGGACUGCAGGGUUAAACCUGCUGACCUUUUGGGCACAAAAAGUCAAUCGCUACAAAAUGUUCCAAGUGUUACCAAGAACACUGUGAAGGAUAGGAUUAUGGCAUUGUGCCAUAUGCUCUUGAUCUAAAUCGAUGCUUUCAUUUGUUUUUUUACACAAAUCAAAGCUCUGUAUUUAUUUGUAUAGCUGAAUGCAGAUCAUUAGUGAUUCAAGGCUGACAGCGACAGAUGUUGAAUGUGAAACUUAAAUGGCCACUUUAUUGUAAGACUGUGACAUCAUCACUCUGCAUGCUGCCCGGGGACACGUCCAGUCUAUGAAUUCAUGACGUUUUGGAUGAAAGAGUAAAUGGGACACUCCUGCUUUCAUCUCUGGCCUGGAGAGUCCACAGGACUAGCCCCGACCGGCCUCGUUCGAAUCGUUACAGUGACGUGACAAGUAGAUCUGUGUGUAGCACCACUUAGCAGGAGGGAAUUUAUGCAGUCAUGUAUGCUGGCAGGCUUUGGGUGGAUGUCACUGCCUUUACAGACGUUUGAUCUGUAAUUUACAUGUGCAUUUCGACCAAAUUUACACAAGAGAAGUACACAGCUUGAUUUUAUUUUUAGAAGGUUUAUGAAUAUUUUUGUAUACAUCAUUGAUGUUGGUUCUGUCAAAAAGAUUAUUUGUACCUUCUGUGAUAUCUGUUUAAUCCACGGUUGUAUAACUCGAUGUCUUUUCUUUAAAUGGGCAGCAGUGUUUUUAAUAAACAUCCUCUGACUUGUAUCUCAGAGAGACAGUUAAGCUUAAUUGGGUAAAACUGACGCUAUUUACUCUUCUUGCCUGUUUUGAUUGGUUAAUUGUUUUCAUCUCCCUUUUCAUAUUGAUGGCAGGGGUUGGAAGUUCUACAAUAGUAACUAAAACGGCCACUGACAUCCCUGGUAAAAGAGGUGCACUGAAGCCUACAACCAAGCAGCAUGGCCGGUAAAAGGCCACUCCUAGCCUAGUACGAAGGUCUGGGAGGUGGAUGCUGAGAUGUCUGUGUGGUCCCUGUUUCACUGUAGUGGCUUGGCUUAGGUUCUAGGAGCUUGGCAAUCAGAGAAGCAAAUGAUAGGCUUAGAAAACACCAGCGACUUUGUAGAGAAAGCUUAGGACCAGGGAGACCGCUCUCUCUGUCUAAGUCUCCCUUCCGUUUUAAUUAUGUUGUAUGAAGCUUCUGUGGUCCUGAGCAGUUUGUAAGUAUUUUUGUGAAUUUCUUUGUAUGGAAAAAAAAUGAAAUAAAAUCAAAUAUUGUUCAGCUUUGUUA